UCUCUGCACUGUGUCACUCUUUUCUCUUCUCUACGAGACGGAAACAAAAAAAAAUGGAAUGGAUACAUCCAAUGCCCAAGAUCGAGCUUCAUGCUCACCUCAACGGCUCCAUUAGGGACUCCACUCUCCUAGAGCUUGCUAGGGUUCUUGGUGAGAAAGGGGUUAUAGAGUUCGCUGAUGUUGAAAAUGUCAUUCAGAAAAAUGAUCGAUCUUUGGAUGAGGUGUUCAAGUUGUUUGAUUUGAUCCAUAUGAUCACCACUGAUCACCAAACAGUGACAAGAAUCACUCGAGAAGUUGUACAAGACUUUGCUGUGGAGAAUGUGGUUUACCUCGAGUUACGUACAACUCCAAAGAGGAAUGAUUCGAUAGGCAUGAGUAAACGUUCUUACAUGGAAGCGGUUAUCAAAGGUCUGAGAUCUAUCAGUGAAGUCGAUGUUGAGUUUGUUGCCGCCACUGAUUCUGAGAAACUACACAACUCGUGUGAUGGAGUUGGAAGAAAGAAGAUUUAUGUUAGACUUCUUCUUAGUAUUGACCGUAGAGAGACAACAGAGUCUGCAAUGGAAACUGUUAAGCUCGCAUUGGAGAUGAGAAAUGUCGGUGUUGUUGGUAUCGAUCUCUCUGGGAACCCUCUUGUUGGAGAAUGGAGCACCUUCUUGCCUGCAUUACAGUUUGCUAAAGACAAUGAUCUUUACAUCACUCUUCACUCUGGGGAGGUCCCUAAUCCGAAAGAGAUCCAAGCAAUGCUUGAUUUCAAACCGCAUCGAGUUGGCCAUGCUUGUUUCUUCAAAGAUCAAGACUGGGAAAAGUUGAAAUCUUUCCGGAUUCCGGUGGAGAUAUGUCUAUCAUCCAACAUUAUAACCAAAUCCAUUUCUUCAAUCGAUAUACACCAUUUUGCUGAUCUCUACAAGGCAAAGCAUCCGUUGAUUAUAUGCACUGAUGAUUUUGGAGUGUUCUCCACUACCCUCUCCAACGAGUACUCCCUCGCUGUUCGUUCCUUUGGUCUUGGUAAAAGAGAAACAUUUGCGUUGGCUAAAUCAGGCAUAGACGCAACGUUUGCAGAAGAUGAAGUUAAGCAACAACUUGGGUUGAUUUUUGAUUCAGCCUCGCCAGAGUAUGUUUAGUGUUCUGCUUUUACCGGUUUACCUGGUUUGAUUGUGUUCGUACCAAAUGGAGGAAAUGUGGUUUGGUUCAUUGGAAUUGAUAACAUCCGGUAUUUCCAUUGUUACUAAUAUUUUACAAUCAGUAUAUGAACUUUUUAACUUU